CAUUUCUGUAACAUUUUUGACAUCCCUAUGCCAUCACUGUGACACAGGGGAACGUACGUGGGACAGACACAGAAGCAUCCAUGACGGCAUUUGUGCUCAUCGCCCUUCAGGAGGGGAGAAACCUUUGUGCUGGCCAAAUCUCAAGUCUGGACGGUAGCAUAUCUAAAGCCGUUGCAUACCUUAGAUCUCGGAUAUAUGGUUUGACGAAUCCAUACUCAGUGGCUAUGACAUCUUAUGCUCUAGCCAAUGGAAACGCACUUGACAAACAAGCCCUGUUGAGAAAAGCCUCUGCAGAUGGAAGUUACUGGCCCGUCCCUGGAAGCAGUAGCUUUACUUUGGAGGCUUCGGCCUAUGCGCUCCUGGCUCUUGUAAAAGCUGAAGACUUUCAGAGGGCAGCUCCCAUUGUAAACUGGCUCAACAGCCAGAGGCAGUACAAUGGAGGAUAUGGCACGACUCAGGCCACCAUUAUGGUGUUCCAGGCUGUUGCUGAAUACAGGAUUAAAGUGAAAGACAUAAAGCAGUUAGAACUGGAGAUGACGAUCCAAGUGGAAGGCAGCCGGCAGCCGAUUGUGUUGAAGUUCAGCAAAGAAGAUGCUCAUCUCGCACAAACAGCAAAGCUUCCAUCUAACAGACAGAUCACCAUCAGUGCCAAGGGUUAUGGAGAGGCCUCUGUAACUGUUGUGACUGAGUACUAUGCAACACCAAAAGAGAGUAGUGGCACCUGCAAGAACUUUGAGCUUGAUUUGACUUUUGAAAAGGAUGAUCAAGUGAGAUAUCAAGGAGCAACUGAGAGUUACAAACUCACUAUCACCACCAGGUAUCUGUCUGCUGACAGGGAUGCCACCAUGUCUAUACUGGACAUAUCAUUACUGACAGGAUUUGUUGUGGAUGAGAAUGAUCUGAAGGCGCUGUCAACUGGACGCGACAGGCUGGUUCAGAAAUUUGAGAUGAACAAGCAGCUUUCAGAGCGAGGAUCCCUCAUCAUCUACCUGGACAAGAUUUCUCAUAAAAGGAAAGAUUGGAUCACCUUCAGGCUGCACAGGAUUAUGAAUGGAGGCUAUAUUCAACCAGCAGCAGUCACUGUAUAUGAAUACUACUCUAUAGAAAAUCGCUGUGUGAAGUUUUAUCAUCCGACCAGAAAGGAAGGAGCUCUUCAAAAAAUCUGUAAGCAAGAUGUCUGUCAGUGUGCCGAAGAAAACUGCAGUCUUCAACGAAAGGAGAAAAUUCAGGAGGCUCAGCGUAAUAAGAAAGCAUGUGAACCAAAAAUAAAUUACGUUUAUAAGGCUGUUCUGCUGAGGGAAGAUGACGACGCUUCAACGGUUUAUUACAAUAUGAGGAUUGAAAGUGCCCUCAAAUCAGAGACGGAAAACAGCGUGGUGGGGAAGCAGCGCGUUUUCACCAUACAGAUCUCUUGCAAAGAAGCUUUGGAUCUGAAGCGGGGUGAGAGCUAUCUGAUCAUGGGCCAGUCUGAUGAUGUCCAACUGGAAGGUGGAAAAAUUCAGUACGCUCUGGGUGAGAGGACGUGGGUGGAGUUUUGGCCCAGCUUGGAGCAGAGCAAGAUAAGUGCUGAGCUCAAACAAAAAUACGAGGGCAUGUUGAGUCUCCAGCAGGAUCUGCGCUUCGGCUGCGGCUAAUCCGUCAAAACGGCCCUAAUGCCAGACUGAUGCUUUUGAUAACAAAAUAAUAAAUAUUACAAAACUCAUGAUAGCUUAAUUUUCAACUUUCAAUGUAUGUUAAACAUGAGUUUAUUUUGACUGUUGCUUUUUUUAGUAAUUAUCCUGUUACUCAGCCAAUUAAAUAAUGUAUACCAGCUUGACUUACAGAGCCAUUCUUAAGGCAGUGUUGUAACGCAUAUAUGCUUGAGCAAAUUUGCAUAAUAAAAGAAGUCUAUCAAGGUCAUCCAUUCUGAUCAUC